GCGUCAAAGUCAAGUCCGAACAGCUGCAUUCUGCUGAAAGCUAUUAUUAUUUUAGGAUUUUCUCUACAAACUUGAGAAAAUAAAAUUACUAAAAUGUAUUUGAGACGAUUUACACGUCUUGCUUUACAACAAAAUAUUAACGUAAGAAAAGAUAACAUACUAUCGAAGCGAACGGCAACAACAACACCUAGUGGAGCUAUACUACCAGAACCCGAGAAAACUCCUUUUGGGCUUUUGAGUGUUGUAGCCGCAGUGAUUCCGGGGCUUCUUAUUGGUGCGGCCAUCAGCAAGAAUAUUGCUAACUUCUUAGAAGAAAAUGAAUUGUUCGUACCGUCCGACGACGACGAUGACGAUGACUAGACCCCCAAAAGACCGUAAAUUACCAAUAUUUCGUUAUGAAUCUCUUAUCGCAUACUAUGUAGACAUUAUCACUAAAGCGGGUAUAAAAAAAUAAACAAGUUAUAUUGUUAAAUUUUAUUGUAGGAUGGUUACAAAAAAUAUUAAAAUAUUUGUGCAGAACACAAUAAUUCACAAAAUAUUAUGUAUGGUUAUGUAUUAAAAUCAAAUUUAAUCAUGUUAAGAAGCUUGAUUCUUAUAAAAUAUUUACACAUUGUCUAAAACUUAUUUCUUUAUUGGCAUAUGUACAUUUGCAUUAGUAUAAUAAUAAUGUUCGAUAAAUAUUCAUGGCUUGUAACUAUCUGAAAAUUAAGCUAGUCAAAUAAUAUUUAAUUUAUGUUCAGAAAUGCCACUU